AAAACAAACGAUAUUUACUUUCUUUAGGUGUCUGGAGGAACGUAUUCUGUGAAUUUGAUAGGCAAUAUUUUUCCGCUAUAAAAGAUGAAAUUUAAAACAUAUAUUACGAAGGAUUCGAAGCUGAAGGAAACGGUUGCCGCCCUAGGUUGGAGCAACAAUGAGGACGUAUAUAGUUGCAGUGAAGAUCAACAAGUGUACAGAUGGAGCUCGACCAAUCGGGAAAUGGUGCAAGUGGCUAAACUCCCCGAAGGAUUCAUACCAACUGAUUUGCAUUGGCUCGUUGGCAAAGGUCCAGGAAUGGGAACGCCCGGUGCUAGUGCCCCGGGUUCCAGCAAAGGAGGAGAAUCGCUACUGAUAGCCGGCGCUGAUGGCCGCUUUGUAAUACUAAAUAAAAGCGCACGAAUAGAGCGAAACGUACCGGCACACACUGGGCCGAUUGUGACGGCCCGCUGGAGCCCAGACGGGGCCGGGUUGCUAUCUGCCGGUGAAGAUGGUAUCAUAAAAAUUUGGUCCCGAUCGGGAAUGUUGCGGUCUACGGUUGUACAGAAUGAAGGCCAAAUCCGAUGUGCCCGAUGGUCUCCGAAUGCUACAGCCAUCGUCUACUGCCAAGGACCGUUUGUAGCCAUCAAACCGCUUGCCGCAAAUAGUAAGCUAACGAAAUGGAGAGCGCAUGAAGGAAUGAUCCUUUGCCUGGCUUGGUCUAACAACACGGGCAUGAUCGGAACCGGAGGCGAAGAUUGUCGUUAUAAGAUUUGGGAUACAUUAGGAACGAACGUGUAUACUAGUGUGGCCGAUGACUAUGCCAUAACAUCCAUUGAUUUCUGUCCAGAUGGAGAGCUGUUGGCCAUAGGUGGAUUUAAUAUGUUGAAGCUUUGCCACUACACAGGAUGGAGCCACAGUAUUGUACGAUUCAACCAACAAGUGACAGGAUCACUAUUCAAUAUUGUGUGGUCCGCCGAUAGUACACAAAUCGCAUCCUCAACUAGCACUGGAUCUUUGCUCUUUGGACACAUCAUCGAACGAGAGCUUAGAAAUCGAAACCUCAAAGCAAUUACCACGGGACGGAAAACAAUUCAACUACAAGACAUUGUCGCACGCACCAACGAUACGCUAGACUUCUCGGAGCGAAUUAUUAAGUGGGAAUUAGGAUACGGGCAUUUAGUUGUGGCUACAGUCCAUCAAGUACAUAUCUUCAACGAGCAUUAUGUUAACACCCCGAUCAUUAUAGAUGGGCGCAGUGAUAUUCGAAUUAUUAUGCUUGGGAAAAAACAUUUCAUUCUGGUCGACUAUAACUCCAUCUGGAUCUACACAUAUACAGGAAGGCUGCAUUUGAAUCCUCGUUUUCCAGGUUCCCAAGCGCAGAUACCCCAUCUGAACGGACGUUGCAUAUCGCUCGGCAUGGAUUCGCUAGCAGUGCGCGAUCAUUCUGAUCAAACUGUAAUCCAUGUAUUUGACCUGCUACCUGGGGCUACACGACAGGAAGAACCUUACAGCAUCCAAAGCAAAUCGUCCGUCUUGGAGGUGGCUGUAUGUCGGUUUGGUAACCCGGACGAUCAAUAUCUGGUGUAUAUAGACGCCAACCAAGAUCUGUACAUCACGAGCGUUCAUAGCGGACCAGAGUAUGUGAUGCACAAGAUCGGAACGCAGAUAACGACAGUGAUGUGGUCUUCUGAUACAAAUAUUUUGGUCGGAUUGCACGAUCUCAGCUAUACCGUCUGGUACUGUCCGGGGGAAGCCUGUGCUGACCCUACGCUAAUUGCUCUCACCACAUUCACCUACGAUACUAGCGAGUUUGGUAAAAACAUUACGCUGGAGAACUUUGAAGGGGCAAACAUUACUUUCCGCAGCUCUGGGGCUAUAUUCACUAUAUCGGUCAAAACAUACUGCGUGAUUCUGCACAAACUGUUUGCAGAAAACCAGUGGGAACGGGCAUUGAAGCUGUGUCGCUUAGCCCAGAACCAUCUACUGUGGGCGACUCUGGCAGCGAUGGCUUCGAAGCGCAAUCAGCUAGAAAUAAGCGAGGAAGCAUUUUCCGCUUCGUUGCAGAUAGACAAAGUGAACUAUUUGAACUACAUCAAGUCGCUGCCCGCUUCGAGUCCCGAGCAUAUGGCCGAAAACUCGAUUAUGAAUGGCCGCAUUCAAGAGGCAGAGAUCAUUCUAAUGCACAAUAAGCGCAUCCCCGAAGCGAUACGGUUCUGCAUGCGAAUGCACCGAUGGAAUAAAGCGCUAGAGGUAGCACUUAAGCAUGGUACCGAUGUGGAGUUAGUGUUGGAGGAGCGUAGGAAAUAUUUACAAGCAUUAGAGCGGGAGGAAAAUGAUGCCCAAUUUCUGGCAAUGGAGGAGCGGCUUGAGUAGUGCAGUGUUUUUAUCGAAUAGAAUGAUAGCAACAAAACGUGAAAUUACCUGUAAACA